GUGUGGAAUCCGACGUUGCACGCAGGCUGCUGUGGCAAACGCGCUGUGGCCGUGCAGGCAAGGCUCAUCUUGGCCCGCCACACGCCAGCUUAUGCUACUAGUAACUGCUACUGCAUGCACAACGGCAUAGAGGGCGCAUGAUUUUGUGCACGUCUGACGGCCUUGCCUGCCCCACACGUUGACGACAGCUCCUCGACCACCAUCACUGCCCCGCCGGCCACCCCGUUGUCCGCGCAAGACAGCUUCACUGAAGAGCACGCACGUCAGUCGCUGUUCAAGAUGCCGGCCUACAACUCCGUCUUCAACGAGGACCCGAACCCUCCGCGCCUCAUCGGCAACUUCCCGCUCCUCCCGCUGCGCACAAAGACCCGCGGCCCGGCCUAUACGCUCCCCCUCGACCCCUCCCUGCCGCCCGCCGAGUCGCCCGACCCGGACAGCGAGAGCUACGACAUCCUCGACGAGGUGCUCUCGCUCUUCCGCGCAAACACCUUCUUCCGCAACUUUGAGAUCCAGGGCCCCGCCGACCGCCUCCUCGUCUACGGCAUCUGGUUCCUGAGCGACUGCCUCUCCAAGAUCAAGCCCCACGCGACCGUCCGCGAGGCCCAGAAGGAUGUCUUGAACCUGGCGCUCGACCUCAACUUCGCUAUUCCCGGCGACCCAGGGUUUCCGCUGAACCAGAUGUACGAGGCGCCCAGAGACCGACAGGACGCCGAGCAGCUCAAACAGUACAUGUCACAGGUGCGGCAAGAGCUCGCGACCCGGUUACUUGCCAGAGUGUACGCGGAAGACGAGUCUAAGCCCAGCAAGUGGUGGCUGAGCUUCACCAAGAGAAAGUUCAUGGGCAAGGCGCUGUAACUUGUCCACUGCGGGGUACGUUAGAGCAAUGGAUACGAUCAGUCACAUCAUAUUAUCAGCCACAGACGUCUCUUUCUUGGGGGUGGCAUCGACGUGUUGGAACUUGAAUUAGACCUGUCUUCCCGAGAAGAAUCGUCUACCCAGGGGUAUCUCCUUACGAUGGCUCUAUACGCGUUUUCUGAUGCAGCUGUAUCCCAAACCUUGGUCUGUCG